CACAACAAAACGGUCAACAAAACAAUCCCCAACCCUAAUUUUCCCACAUCAAAUGAUCUUUCUUCUCACCUUCCUCCAUCCCUUCACCAUCACCACAUGUCUUAUAUAAAUACAAUCAUCUCGAACACAAAAAUUUUGCUACAAAACCAACACCCAACACACAAACACAAACACUGAGGUAGAGAGAUUAAGGUAUCAGAUACUAAUUAGUUAUAUUAAUUAUUAGGUUAUAAGGUAUAGCUUUGAUCGAAGAAAGACAUGGAAGUGGUGAUACAAAGUCCGAGUAGUCCAACAAUGGAUAAUUUCGAUUUUGGAAGCAACAUGGGUUCGAUCUAUCACAGUGUUCCUUCUUCGCCAAAAGGUUUCGGAAAUUACUUCAUGAGUGCACCCACAAGUCCUUCUAGGUUGUCUCAAUUGUACUCCGAGUUUGAAUAUUUUUCGACCACCGCAACCUCUUCAUUCGAAGCUGCCAACAAAAUCCAAGACGAUGACGAUGACGACAAAGAUGAUUACAGUUUCGCGUUUUCCGUGAGUCGUGAAUCCGACAAGUCUUCUCGCUCAGCGGAGGAGCUCUUCGACGGCGGAAAAAUCAAACCCUUGAACGAAUCUCUUGAUUCCAAGGAAUCUAAAAGUGAAGAAAGAAGAGGAAGAGGAAAAGAGAAGUUGCCGUCGUCGAGCUCCAACCGCAGGGUGACACGAUCGCACUCUCCUUAUAGAUGGGAAGCGGAAAAACAACAACUACAACAACAAGAACAACCUAAGAGUAACAACAAAGAGGAAUCUAGUGUGUUGUCGUCGAGUUCUUCUUCGAAGGGUGGUUCAAAGAGGUGGUGGUUGAAGGAUCUUUUGCUUUUCCGAAGUGCCUCUGAAGGGAGAGGUUCGAGCAAGGACCCGUUGAAGAAGUACUAUAAGAAGAAUGGUACAGAGGAAGUUAAAGGGUCGUCGAGUUUCAGAUCCUCGGAUUCGUCGAGAAGAAAGGGACACGUUUCGGCACAUGAGUUGCACUAUGCCAUGAAGAGAGCAGAGUCAGAGGAUAUGAAGAAGAGAACUUUCUUACCUUACAGACAAGGGAUUCUCGGAAGAUUGGCUGGUUUUGGAAUCUAGCUGCUUAGUUAUUACUACCAUGAUCAAGUUUCUUAAGCUUUUCGUAAAAAAAAAUGUUGUAUUCUUUUGUUGAAAUUGUAUUAUGAGAUAUAAGUGGGUUUAAGUUGUGUUAACCCAGUCAUUUCUCUUUCUUUUUUGUAUAGAUAUAUAAUUAUAAACGAUGUGAGCUGCAAUUUGCAAAUCAUCACCAUGAAUUUAAUAUACAUCACUUCAUCCAUA